AUGAGCGCGGCGAUCAAAUUGGUCGCUGUUGAGCUUUUGGGUGGUCCGCUGAAAGCGAAAGUGAAAUAUAGGCGAAAUGAGAGGCGAGAGAAGUUGGAAGAUCAAAGAGGAAGUGAAGGAGCAGUAGAGAUGGACUACUGGAAGUGAGAAAAAGCGACUACACUAAACAGUGAGAGAGAUUUUGAGAGGUUACGGUAGCAUUGAUAAGAAAAAAGGCGACAAUUUGUAUAGCAUUUUUUAAGGCAAUUAAUGAAGCAGCGCAAAAAGCUCUUGUUUUUAACAGCAGCCUUUCAAUUCAACUACAAGUUGUCUGCAAUUCAAAAAACACUUCAAAUGGUAUCCCUGGCAUGUUUUCUUUUAAAAAACAAUCGUCUUUGGAUUUUGCGAUUCUUUCUUGCACCAAAUUUGGGAUUAUCAGUCUGUCGGAAAAAUAAUGAGUAGUCGCUGAAGUAAAAAGCAACUUGAUUUUGCGUCGAUACAAUCGAUUUCCUCGGCGGCGAUGCCAUUUUCAUGUGACAUUGUGCUCAUUAUUUUCCCGACAGACUGAUAGCUCUUUUGAUCUUUUCGAUUACUCAAAUCAACUCCCCUUAACUUGGCGUCAAUAAAAGCUAUGUAUUUUUCGGUUUUGAGCCCUCUUGGGGACAAUUGAGGCUAACCGUUUCAUUACUGUACCCGCUAAAUUUUGCAUACAACCCGUUUCCACUCAAAAGUCAUCAUUUUCCAAUUCCUCAAAUUCCUGAAAUACGUUUCAAUUACACGUCCACAGUUAGGAGAAGGUCAUAAUUUUCCGCUUUCUCGGAAUUGUUGUUUUGUAUUGCGUAUUUCCGCGUUGCAACAGAGAAGAAGAAAAAAAAGAAGGGAAGACGACAAGCGAAAGCGCGGGGGGAACCGCUUAAACCCGCUCCGGCCACGCCCGGCUAAAAAUGGGUGCGAGGUGGGGGGAGAAUAAUUACUAUAUAAAGCAAAGUCGGUUUGUUGGGGAAAGUCAAGUGUUGUCGGUUACCCGACGUCGCCUGUAACCUAUUUGAGUCAUCCGUUUUUUUAAGACUGACUAAAAACUUUACGCUGCGGUUGUGCUAUAAUAUUUUUGUGGAUUCUACUGGAACAACUCUAAAUUUUUUGAUUUUAGAAGAUGGAGGACAAACAGCGACAAGCGCAAGCCGAAGGGCUUCGUACUAUCGCCUUUGUGGGCGUUUGUCUGAGUACGGUCGCCACCUUGGCUUGUGUUAUUGCCGUCCCAAUGGUCUACAACCACGUCCAACAUGUGCAGUCGGUCAUGCAGAGCGAAAUCGACUUCUGCAAGGCGCGUUCAGGCAACAUCUUCAGAGAAGUGACUCGAGCUCAAGUAUGUUUUUCAUAGCCUACAAUUUUGAUGACAAUUUUUUGAUUUAACCAAAAUGCGUCUUCAGGUCCUCUCAAACGUCCAUCCUCGUCUGGCUCGUCAAGCUGGCUAUGAUGCCGCCGUCUCAUCAGGACCAGUAACCGCCAAGCCAGCUGCUGCUCCAACCGGAGGCUGCUGUGGUUGCGGCGUCUCUCCAGCUGGACCACCAGGCCCACCUGGACCAGACGGAAACCCAGGACAAGACGGAACUCCCGGUGCUCCAGGAAAGGAAGGCCCACCAGGCCCACCACCCCCACCAGCUCCAAAAUACGAGCCCUGUUUCGACUGUCCAGCUGGCCCAGCCGGUCCAGCCGGAACUCCCGGACCAAAGGGACCCAACGGAAACGCCGGCGCGCCAGGACAGCCAGGACAACCCGCCUCUCCAGGCCCAGCGGGACCCCCAGGCCCAGGCGGACCACCAGGAACCCCAGGAAACGAUGGAAAGCCAGGAGAGCCAGGCGCCCCAGGACAACUCAAGGAAGUUCCAGGCGCCCCAGGACCAGCCGGACCACCUGGCCCAGCUGGACCACCAGGAGAGACCGGACCAGGCGGCAACGACGGCCAACCCGGAGACGCCGGAACCCAAGGACCACCUGGAGACGCCGGAUCCGACGGAACCCCAGGACAGCCCGGAGGUCCCGGACAAAAGGGUCCUGACGGUGAGGCCGGACCAAAGGGCGGCUGUGAACACUGCCCACCUCCUCGUACUGCUCCAGGCUAUUAG